UGGUGUAUGAGCAUCGCUCCCGGUUGGAAAAGUCUCUUCAGAAGGAGAGGUUGGAGCACAAAAAGGCCAAAGAAGAAUAUUUGGUUUAUAAAAUGGAAUCGCAACAAUCGCUGAACAAGGAAAAGCAAGAUGCAAACGGCAGAUACAACUCUUUACAAGUGCAGCACCAGGUGUUAAAGAAUCAGCACGAUGAGCUGAAGAGGCAGUACUACGACCUGCAGGAGCAGCACCAGGUGCAGGGCAAGGACCACGGCCGGCUGCUGGACGAACACAGGGAACGCUACAGUAAACUGCAGCAAGCCAAAGAGGUGGAAAUCUCACAGCUCAACGAGCAUGUGCAUAACCUAAGAGAGGAAAAUACGAAGCUGAGGGAAGCUCACCAUGACAUUCACACAAAACUUCAGGAUGCACAGAUCAAGCAUCAAGACCUGAAGGUAGCACAUGACCAGCUUGCUUUGACACUGGAGGACCACAAGAGUGCGCUAGCUGUGGCUCAGGCACAGGUGGAUCAGUACAAGAAGAUAAAUAGGGUACAACCGGACCAAAUUCAAGUUCAUCAGCAGCUACAUAUAGCAACUACGCCAUCUGUGUCCCAUGUACACGAAUCCCAGCAGAAUACCAUCGCUGAACAUCAACAAUCUCACUGGGACACCCAGUCAAGAUUGGACCAUCAGGAGGAGAAGGAUGCCCACGUCCAGUCUGACAUUGUGUCUCACCAUAUUGUGUCCCAGCCGUCCUUUUCUGAGAGAGAGGAGGACGGUGAGGGAGAGGCAGAACGGAAGAGGGAGCUGGCAGAGGAGGAGAUGGCUCAAGCAGGGCAGCCUCAGAAGCUGGAGGAGGACCUGGACCAGCCUCAGGAUGAGCAGCUGGAGGAGGAGGAGGAGCAGCGGCUCGAUGAGAACGCUUUGGACCGACAGAGACGUCAACCACAGCUAGACACCCAUGUGGAGCUGCAUGGGGAGGCCCAGCUGCAGCACCAGGCUCCAGCCCGGGUCCACCAGCUGAAGUCAGCCUAUGAGCAGCAGAAGGAGCAGCAGCGGCUGGCGGCUCAGAGGGCUGAGGAGCGCAGGCAGGUCCAGCUACGACAGGAAGCCCUGCAGGCCCAGAGAGACAAGAUCCUGAAGGAGAGGGAGCAGAGACUGAAGGAGGAGCAGCAGAAAGAGGAGCAACAGCACAAGGAAGCUGACCGAAGAGAGCAGCUGUUGAGGGAGGAGCACCAAAGGAGGAAGACAGAGUACGAGAACAUGGACGAUGAUGCUCAAGGAGAGGAAGAUCAUCACAAUACCAAAGAAGAGG